UAAAAUUCACUUCAAUUAUUGAAAAAUUCCUCUUUCCUGUUCCAUCAUUUCCGGUCUUCUUCCAAUAUGGCGCCUUCUGGUUUACUGUUUUCCAAGAUGGCGCACGUUAAGGACAGCGACACAUCUUUGUGGUUACAUAAUAAGCUUGGAACGAGUAAUGAUUUAUGGUUAGGUGGUUCUAUUUGUUCACAAUUAAGCCAAGAUGUGCUGAGAAAUAUACGCGAAUGUUUUAUAGAAUUACAGUCUCAGGUUAAGUUAAAAUUAUUGUUGUCAUUUUUACACAUUCCGAGACGUAACGUCGAUGAGUGGAAAGUAGAGUUGGAAGAAAUCUUAGAAGUUGCAUUAGUUGAUAGUGAUCAAUGGGUAUCCAUGUUAGCAGAGUUAUUAAAAUCUUAUCCAAGUACUGGUACUUUAAAUUUCCAAAUCGAAGAAAAUAUUACUGUAUUUACUGAAUUAAUAGGAGAGUUGAAAAAAUUAGUACGGAAACACAGUGAUCAGAGUAUUUUGCCAUUGGAGUGUUUAUAUCUGAAUAGAAAUGCCUUCAAUGCAUUAGUUGGACAACAACCACAACCAGUAAAACAUUUUGCACUAAAGAGAAAACCAAAAUCUGCUGCAUUAAGAGCUGAAUUAUUACAAAAAUCAAGUGAUGCUGCAGCUAAUAUAAAGAAAACCAUAACAACAACAUCUGUUCCAAUAAGAUGUAGAGGACUUAUGAAAAAUUUUGAUAGUUCAUCACCUCUAAAGGGCAUUUCCAAUAGAAUUUCUACCGGUAGUCUUAAAUCUCCUUUACCUGGUGGAAACAGAUUGACAAGUACACCAUCUCAAGCUAGAUCUUUAUCCAGACCUCAACCAAGUAGAAAAGAUGGUGGUAUAAAGUUAUUAGAUAUUACCGAACAACCUAUUGGAUAUGGAAGGGAAGCUAAAAGAAGAAAGAAACAUUCUGAAAUUGAAACACCUGAUUCUAAGAAAGAUAAAGAAGUAUCCGCACCUUCACCAGUUACAACUACUACCACCACCACAACUCUUACCACUCCAGAUUAUGCUGUUGGAUUAGUUACUUCAACUCAGUUACAAAGUUCUGCUAUAUCAGUUGUACCUAAUACAGCUAAAACAACUGCUUAUGUUCCUACAAUAUCCACUAAUCCUCUUCCAUCAUCUAUUGGAACAUCAGUCACUUUACCAGUUACAGUACUUUCAACAACUCAGGCUCGAGAUAACUUUCAGCAGACAUUGGUACAAAAUAUUACCACUCCAUCACAGAGUACGGGAACAUUUACUGCUGUAAUUACUAAAGAACAACAGCAGCCAUCUUUGGGUAUUCAGACAACAAUUGGGACUCUUGCAUCAAUAGGAGGUACUACAAUACAGCAAAUUCAACCACAACAAACUGUGCAACCUCAAGUUCAACAAACAAUUAUCACUCAAAAUCAAAUUGUGCAGCCUAAAACUCAGCAGCAACCACAAAAAAAGAAUCUUUCAUUAUCAAGGGAACAAAUGUUUGAAGCCCAAGAAAUGUUCAGAAAUACAAAUAGAGUUACAAGACCAGAAAAGGCUUUAAUUCUAGGAUUUAUGGCUGGUUCAAGAGAAAAUCCUUGCCCUCAUUUGGGAAGUAUUGUGACUAUUAAAUUAAGUGAGAAUGAAGAAACUGUUGUGCAACCUGAUGGCACUACUCAAACUUUGAUUGUGGAAACACAUUUUCAGAUGAACUAUAGCACAGGUGAAUGGAAGAGAGUGAAGAAAUACAGAAAGCAAGAAUAAAUAUUGUGCCAUAUCUUCAUUUGUUGAGACUAUGCCAUGAUCAUCAAUCAAAUGUGAUAAUUUUUUGGACUAUUUUCUGUGGAUCAUCUGCUAAUAUAGGAGAAUUAUCAUGUUUUUCUUUUAUAAUUGUUAUUAGAUACAGUAAGUCAUUUCAAGAAAAAAUAUCUUUGAUACCAUUGGUGUUUACUUAGUAAACAACAUAUUUUCCUAGAUGAUUUUCUCACCUUUUCAUCAUUUGUUAACUUUUUCUCGUGAUUUUUCCUUAUAAAAAUGAAUAUUUUAAUUGUUUUAAAACAUUCAUCUUUUAUUUUCUUUGUUAUCUUUCACUCUCUUAAACAUAAUACAUUUGGUAGCUCUUGUAAAUUUUUUACCAAAACGAUAAAGAAAAAUUAGAAAAUAGUAAAAAAAGUGUUACAUAUAAAAUUAAAUAUUUAUAAUUGAAAUUUUACAUAUUUGUUAAUUGAACGUUAAUAUGAAUUUAAUUUAAUAAUAUAGUUUUUGAAAGAACAAAAAGAAAAUCAAAUUACAUAUAGAAUAUUAUUACUUGAUAUGGCUGUAUUCUGCCAUAUGAUUAUAAGUUAUUCAUUUUAAUUAUUUGUUUGUUUUUCAUAUCAUAUACAAAUAUAUUUGAAAACUGUGUUCCUAUUAUUAAAAAAGAAUAUAUGGUUUAAAUAACUGUUAUUUGUUGCAAAAUCUUUGACAGAAUCUUUUAAACAAACAACAAUUAUCUUUUGAAAAAUAAUAACACAAAAGUUUUAUUUUUGACACAAAAAUAAAAUUUGAAACAUGGCUUCCAUCAAAUUUUUAUUAUUUGAAUAUUUUAUUACUUGUGAACAAAAGGUAAUUUAUAAAGAAAAAAUACAUAUUUCAAAUCUUCCGAUUUGUUUCCACUUUAGAUAGAAUAAUGCAAACUUGAAAAAAUAUGUAUAUUUAAUAAUUGUAGUAUGUUUUGGUGAAAUUCAAUUUUGUAUGUGAUUUGAUUUCUCUGUGAAAAAUAAGUACAAAUAAAUGGCCCAAUUUUUGAAAUUUUGGGUCAGCUUGCAAAUUACAAUGACAGAAAAGAGUGCAAAUAUGCAAGUAUGUAAAUAUAUAUGCAAAAUAAUUCACAACCAUUGUUACUAUUUUUGAAAAAAA